AUGGAAGAAUCCCCCCCCGACCGGCCUCCCACGACCCAACAGUCGAACUUGAUCCCAAUCGCACAGCUUUCUCCCUCCCUAGAUGGGCUCGCAGAGGGCUCUGUCCAUGCAGUGGUGUCCCUGGUGUGGCCGUUCUCGUCCUCGACGCGAUCCCUCAGCCUUCUACUCUCCGAGCCGGAUUUCCGUCUGCGUCGACUCAAGGGACAGGUGAAGGUCACGUUCCAUGGCGAUGCGGCCGCAAGGGUUGCAGAGACACACGUCGGGAUCGGUGAUGAAGUGUGUAUUUUCAAUCUGAAGGAUGCGCGGUGGUCGGAGAACGAGUCCGCGGCUCAGACGCCAGGUCGAGGCAUUGCAUGGGAUCUACAUUUUGAAGAGCGCGUGUGGCUGGAGAUAUCCAGGUCGUCUAAACUCCUUGCCACGGUGCAAAUCGACGGUCCCCGCUCUCCGGCACAGCCCGCGGAAGAUGGUUUCGAAGCACUCCCCUCCACGCCGGCACGAACAGAUCUCUAUCCAGAUGGGGCGCUGGCACGCUCCUGGGUGUCUCCGGCAUUUGUGAAGUCAGCGCGGAGGUCUCUCGGCGGUGUGGUCGACUCUGCAUUCGACCCGUUCGCUGAGGAAGAUGGCUUCGUGCUCGGAAGAGGAAGAAAACGGCCUAGGCUCAGUCUCAUGAGCACGGAAUGGCGUGUUGUGGAUGGACCGGAAAGUCCUUGCGACAGGGCGGAGCCGAUCGAGUGGACGGAGGACUUGGAUGAAGAGGAAGACCUAGAGGAGGCGAUCGAUCAGGACAUUACCCCCGAGGUACCGCUCGACCGGUCGAGUGUGGAACAGCAAGAAGAGUUGGAAAUCCUGCCAGAGCCUACAGUCGAGAGAAUCAAUCCUUCUGUUGCUUGCGAGUUGGCCGAGGAGCAUCUGAAGGAGCCUUUAGACCCCUUUGUUCAGCCGCUCCCUCCAAACCGUACUGAAGCAUCUGCUACCAGACUGUCAGUGGGUGGGAUGUCUGCUCACCGACAUUUUGGAUAUUCCCUCUCACUCCCUACCGAUACUCCCCGCUUACACCCUAUCCAGUCUCCGAGUCUGCCUACUCCGUCGCCGAUGGUGACAGACCCGAACAGUCCACAGAGCUACUUUUCUGCGCCUUUCUCGUCGAAACCGUAUGUUACUAGCCAUCCACCAGCAUCAGAGGAGGCACAGGGAGAGACAGCGGUCGUCGAGGAUGUGUUGGUACAGGAGGUUACGCAAAGUACCAGCAAUGCUGUCGAUGUGGUGGAUUCAAUAACAGAGGAUGCCAUCCUUCAUCGCACAGAUUCCGUCUCAGUGACCAAUGUUGAAUCCGCGCCAACAAUGCAACAUGAGAUACUCGAGUCUCACGAGAGAAUAGUUGAUAACAGCCUGCAAGCCCAGGCCGAAGAACCUGUUGUCGAGAAUGCUGAAGGCGAUAUCGACGAGGCAUCAUCCGUCAUGGAUGCGGCCAUGGCCGAUGCACCUGAUGAAGUUAUCGAGUCAAGCGAUAAUGAGUCUGUGGUAAAAGAUAUGCCGAGAGAUUCGAGUCCUAUCGCCAACUUGGAAGAAGAAGCAUCCGGUGAUGAAGAGAUUGUCUCCGACGAGGGGAUAGAAGAGGAAGGGGUCUCGGAUAAAGAAGAAGAUGUGGAUGUGGUAGAGGUGGGCUCGGUUGAGACUGACGCUCGGGCGGAUCUUCUAGAAGAAGAGCUGGAAGAGUCGGAACCGGAUGUACUGGAAGAAACCGAAGAGGUAGAGGAGCUGGAGCUAGAGGAGGCUGAAGAGAUGGAAGAGUAUGCCGAUUCGGAUGAAAUCGUGCAAGUACCAGAGCCCACAAGCAGUAUGGCGAGACAAAUACUGCAGAGCGCGCCUCUGGAAGGCACCGAGAAAGCAGCCCGAGAAGAUACGGAAGACUCCGUCGAUGGUUCUGAGAGCGAAAUCGCCGAGGAAGAGGAUGCGAACAAGCGGCAGUUAGUGGAGGGCUACGACGACGAGGUUUCCGAAGACGAAGAGGCCCUGUACGAUGACGAGAUGUCAGAGGACACCUACCAGUCAGAGCAUGGUGAUGGAUAUACGAGCGAGAUCGAGUCCCAAUACGGGCUAGAAGCUGCCACAAGGGAAGACCGCCCUCCUGAGCUACCGGCGAAAACAGUGCAUCCCGAGGUCAUCGUCCUAGACAGCGACAGCGAAGAUGAGGCGGCUACGGCACCUCGUCCGAGUUCAUUGAAAAAAGAUGAUGAAGAUUCUUCAGAAGAGCUUGACUCGUAUGAUGAAGUCGAAGUCGACAGAGACCAAUCUCAGGAUGAAUUGGACGACCUGGAAGAUGUUGAUGAGGAGGAGGAGGAGGAGGAGCCAGAGGACGACUAUGCUGACUCACAUAUGCAGUCUGAAGAGAUGUCAGAUUCUGAGCUCCAUGCCGAGGCUCUACGGACACUAGAUGACGAUCGUAUCGUUGCUGCGAUGCGCUUCCAGCGAGCACAGCAGAGUCCACAUGAAAGUGCUUCCAGUGUGUCGGACGCCCCAGAGCAGCUGCCUCUCCAACUUGGCCCUACCCCAGUUGAUCUGGAAUCUGCCAUCGAUCCCAGCCUGCGGUACGACCAAGUACUAUCGCCUGCGGACGUUGAUGACCAGCAUGAUGUCCAACAAUCACCGGAGCCAAGGUCUCAGCAGACCAUUAAUUACCCCAUGUACGUUGACGGUGCUCGUUCGCCGUAUCCUGAGACGGAACCUGCAAGGAACGAGUUGUAUAUCAUUACUCCGGAUGGUUCUCAGGAGGCCGCAGUGACUCAGCCACCGCCAUAUAACCCAAGUGGAUUACACCUACCUGCCACACCUCAAGCCACGCAAGGUUCUCUCGAGGAAUUGCCAGCCGUGAUCAAGACCGAACUUGAUGUGAUAUCGCCCAUCACCAAGAGAGUGUUGCCCUCAACGGAAGUACCUGAUACCGAGCUCCCCGAUACAGUGGUCAAACAUGAAGAAGAAGAAGAAGAAGAAGAAGGGGAAGAAGCUCGUUCUAUGAUCGAUGCCGAUGCCGAACAACAAAGCGAGAACGAAUCUCGCACCCCAUUCGAUAAUGAAGAGCUUGGGAAUCCAGAUCGACAUGCCUCGGGCCUACGCACCCGCCUAUCAUAUUUCUCUCCACUCGCGGCGCUGAUCGACCACUUCCACUCCCCAACCGACACGAUCUCGAUCAUUUGCGAAGUCGCGCCGGUGAUUCAAGCGACAUCCGGCCGGAGGGACUACAUGCUCACACUGCAGCUGACGGACCCCUCCAUGGCCGGCACGACGUUGUCAGCGCAGAUCAGCCGGCCCUAUCGCUCUGCCAUCCCCGUCGUGGCGGAGGGUGAUGCCAUCCUUCUACGCGACUUUUCCGUGAAAAGCUUUGAUCACUCGAUGAUCCUCGUCAGCUUGGAGUCAAGCUCGUGGGCCGUCUUCUCUUCUGAACCAGAAGCAGCAACAACAGAAACGGACUUCCCGGCCAUGACGGGCCCCCCCGUCGAGUACGGCGCCGAGGAACUCGCGUACGCCACCGGUCUCCGCAAGUGGUACCAGGAAGACGGGGCGGCGAUGGUGUCGGACCGAGCCCUGCAGACGUCAAUCGAGCGGGCACAACAGGAAGAAGAAGAAGAAGAAGAAGAAGAAGAAGAAGAAGAAGAAGGGGAGAGCGAAAACGAGGAUGAGAAGGACAGUAGCCCAAUUCCGAUACCCCUUGUCAGCAGCGUUGCCUCGUCUCCCUCCCUACUAAGCGACGCAGACAGUGCAGAGCAGCAGUCCGGCGUCUCUUCUUCACGGGCGGACUCGGCACCCCUGUCGACCACCAGCGCCAGCGCGCGACGGCGCGGGAAGAAAGGCUCAUCGUCGCGGCGGAGGAUCACGAUCCACGAGCUGCGCGAUGGAACCAAGUAUGCGGAGGUAGGAUCUUCGCCCAAGGGGAGAGGGAGCAGCGUACAUGAGUUGCGUGAUGGGACGGCCUAUGCGAAUGUAUAG